GGAGCCGCUCGGCCUGCAGGCGGCGCCGGCGGCCCCGCUCUUGCUGCCGCCCGUGCGCGAAGAUCGGCGGCGCCAGUCGGCGGAGGCUCCGACGGGACCGGCCGGGCAGAGCGAUGCGCGGCUGCAGCGAUGGCCAAAUGGUUCAAGGAGCACUUGAUCUUCAAGAGCAACAAGGGUCCUCCUCAACCCCCCAAGCCCGACUACCGAUUGCGGUCGGCCGGGCAGCCCGACAUCCUGGCCGCUUACAAGCUGCAGAAAGAGCGGGACUUCGAGGACCCUUACACCGGCUCCCGGGGCUGCGGCGCUCCGGCUCCCGGCUGCGGGGCCAGCUCCUGCCCGCUCCCCAACGCCGCCAAGAAAGGCGCCGCCGAGGUCAGGUACAUCUCGCCGAAACACCGGCUCAUCAAAGUAGAAAACCCCGAGAAAAACUGCGGUAAAUCGCCCGGAUCCCCCGAGGAUCAACAGGGCAAGGUCAUUAUUCUCGAAGAUUAUGCGGAUCCUUUCGAUGCUCAGGCUGGUGUGACCCAGGCUGGUCAGGAGAAAGUGGUGGGGAACGAUGGCUACAUGGAACCGUACGAGGCCCAAAGAAUGAUGGCAGAGAUCCGCCGGCGGGGAUCAAAGGAUGCCUCCAACAAGCCACUGCCUCUGUACGACACGCCCUACGAACCCACGGAGAACGGCGGAGACUCAGACGCGGAGAGGGUGCCCUCUCACCGGCCUCGCGAGAGCCGUCUCCCGGAGGAUGACGAGCGGCCUCCUGGCGAGUACGACCAGCCCUGGGAGUGGAAGAAGGGCCGGAUCUCAAAGGCUUUCGCAGUGGAGAUUAAGGUAAUUAAAGAGCUGCCUUGGCCCCCACCGGUGGGACAACUGGACAGAGCUCUGCCGGACCAUGAAGGGGACAUUCUGCCUUCUCACUGCCACCUCGUGCAUCAGCAACUGCUGCCACAGAUGCAGCCCACGAUCGAAGACACCAGUGUGCAGUUUGAUGAGGCGGACAACUCUCGGCAGUCUCCACCCAAGGAGGAGAAGGCCUGGCAACACAAUCGCCUGUCAGGUUCGAACCUGAAAUCACUGAAGCAGCAGAGUGUGGAGCUAGGGGAGAAGGUGGAGCCGGACCUGCCCCUCGUCAGCCAGACCUGGUAUCAUGGAGCCAUCAGCCGGACAGAUGCUGAGAACCUCCUGCGUCUGUGUAAAGAGGCCAGUUACCUGGUGAGGAAUAGUGAGACCACCAAGAAUGACUACUCCCUCUCGCUGAAGAGUAACCAGGGGUUCAUGCACAUGAAGCUCACCCGGACCAAAGAGAGCAAGUAUAUCCUGGGCUUGAACAGUCCCCCGUUUGACAGCGUGCCAGAAGUAAUCCACUACUACAGCAGUCGUAAACUGCCCAUUAAAGGAGCCGAACACAUGUCCCUCCUGUACCCCGUGGCUAUCAGAACACUAUAGCAAUGGCAGCAACUCCCACUGGCACAGAACUAUUGUAUAGACACGCACACACUCCCUCUCUCUCACGGAGGCAGCCCUUUGAUCUUUGACCUUCAGCAUUGCCAAGGAGAACCGGAGGGACUGUCUUCAGACAUUGAUGGCACGAGACUGCAGUUACCUUCACCCCAAUCACAACGUCCGAGAGAAGACUGCUCACUGCAGACCCGACCAUGGUGCCCCACCAGAAGCUGCAGUUUGCCCGCCGUAUUCAUGGGAUUUAUCAGUGUUGGAAUUUCCUGCAAGUCUAGAUUGCUGUCAAAAUCCUUACGUGAUGACUAUUUAUAUGCAGAGUUUUUCCUGUUCGUGUCUAGGGGUUUUCUUGAGCCUGUGAGAUCUCCAGUUCCUCCAAGCGUAAGGGCACUGAACAACCCCAGAUCUAGUCCUAAACUCACAGUUUGUCUGAAAGAGCAGCAGGUUGGGAAGUUAUAACUGAUACGCAUUCAAAGGUGAAUCAGUGGUACAAAGUGAGUAUCUUGUUGGACAGCGUAUAGAGAGCUUUACUCAGUAUUUGAAGGGACAGUGUAGAAAAAGCUAUUCUCUAUGUCUAACCACUGCUGUCCCUCUCCUGGGAGUAUAGAUGGAAUGGUGUAAAGGGAGAUUUGCUCUGCAUGUAAACUGUGCCAUAUCCACCAUGGGAGUGUGUGAUGGGACACUGUAGUGGGAACCAUAUUAAAUGUCUAACCCCUGCUGUCCCUGCCCUGGGAGUGUGUGGCGAGACAGUGUAGAAAGAAUUUUCCUCUGUACCUAACCUGUCCUGCUUCCGUUCUGGAUUGCGUGAUGGGUCUGCUUAGAGCAAGCCUCACUCUGUAACUAACCUAUGCUGUCUCUGUCCUGGGAAUUUGAAUUGGGACAGUGUAGAGGGAGCUUUUCUCUGCACUGUCUUCCCUUGGGAGUGUAUGGGUCUCCUUAGAGUCGGGUUACUCUGUAACUAACCUAUGCUGUCUCCGUCCUGGGAGUGUCUGAUGGGACUGUUUAGAGUGAGUCUUACUCUUUGUGUAGCUUGAGUUGACCCUGUCCUGUGACCAGGAUCGAGAGUUGUGCAAAACUACAAAGGUUUCUCCUGCAGGAACAUCUCUCACUCUGAAGAAAUGGAAGCCACAGUAAUACCCAGCAUUUGACCACCCACUAACAACUGAGCUGUGCCAAGCACUGUUGUUGGGAAGAACAAAGGCAACUUGUUUCUGUUGUUUAAUGGAAGAAAGGGUAUGAAACAUUCUGAAUAGUGGGGGUAGACGGGAGUUGCUUUCCUGAGAAACCACCAUUAAGUGGUGGCUGGGGCAAGUGUGCAGACAAGCUGAAGAGCUUUGAAAAUGGUCGACCUGGAAGUCAAUGAGGAAUCUAGUAAGUUACUGAAGGCAAGUACUUAAAAUGGGGGACUAAGAUGUCAUUUAUAUUCCAAUAUCAACAGCAGUAUUUUUUUUACAGUUCCCUACUCUAGUGGGUUUUAAAACUUGUCCUUAUACAUUCAUAGUAUCUGUUUACGUGCUCCAUUUCAAUGGAGAUAUUCCUUGUGGAGCAAUAGAGUUUUACAAAGUAUUUACAGCUUUGAAACAGGCCAUUCAGCCCACAUAGUUUCUGCUCCCCAUGACCAUCCUCCCACACCCUUCUAUUCAUUCCUUACUGUAAUGUAGAAAUGAACUAUUUGGCCCAUCUAGUGCAGCUAGUGGUUAGGGUGCCUUGGUAGCAUAGCUGUUAGUGCAAUGCUGUUACAGCUCAAGGCAUUCCAGAGUUCAGAGUUCAAUCCCAGUGCCGUCUGCAAGGAGUUUGAACGUACUGCGCAUGAGUGCGUGGAUUUCCUGCAGGCGCUCUGGGUUCCGCCCACAGUCCAAAGACAUACCAGUUAAUAGGUCAUUGUAAAUUGUCUUGUGAUUAGGUUAGUGUUAAGCAGCCUUGUUGCUGGGCAGUGAGGCUUGUUGGUCCAGAAGGUCCUGUUCUGUGCUCUAACUCUAAAUAAAUAAAUAAUAAAAUCAUGUGUGUGCUGAUCCCCUAGUGGAGCAAUCCCAACGGUCCCAUUUCCUCUUCCUUCCCUGGCAACUCUGCUCCCCUAGACCAAGGGGUGUUACAGCAGCUACUUAACAUAUCAGCCCACACGCUCCUGGAAUGUGGGAGGAAUCUAGCACCCAGAAUAAGCCCACACGGUCACAGGGAGAACGUGAACGUUAUCUAUACAGACAGUGCUGGAGGCCAGGAUCAAACCUGGCUCUCUGGAGCUGUGAAACAGCAGAUCUUCUCGCUGUGCUACCAUGGAUCUACCUGACUUCCUAUUGAAACCAUUACUGCUACUUGCCCUACCCAUGCCUCACUGGAGUGAGUGCCACAAUUCCAUCACUGCUUGGGGAAGCAGGUCUCCGAGUGAAUAGUCCAUCCCGUUCAAAAUACCCCUAAUUCUGGUCUCCCAGAAACAGCUCUCUCCCCCGUUGAAUGCUGAUUUUAUUAAAGCUCUACAUGGGCUUCAAGACCAUAAGACACGGGAACAGAAUUAGCCCGUUAGUGUGCUCCACCAUUCAAUCAUGGCUGAACCCCAUUCUCCUGCCUUCCCAUAAUCUUUAGUGCCCAUACUAAUCAAGAACCUAUUAACCGCCUCUUUAAUGAUGUGGCCUCCGCAGCCGUCUGUGGCAAUGAAUUCCACAGAUUCACCUCCCUCCAGCUAAAGAAGUUCCUCUUCAUCCCUGUUCUAAAGGGAUGUCCCUCUAUUCUGAGCUAUGCCCUCUGGUCCUUGACUCUCUCCACAUCUCUGUCCUUACAAUAUGACAGCAUAAGAUAUAGGAGCAGAAUUAGGCCAUUUGGCCCAUCGAGUCUGCUCCGCUAUUUCAUCAUGGCUGAUCCAAUUUUCCUCGCAGCCCCAAUCUUCUCCUCAUAUCCCUUCAUGCCCUGACCAAUCAAGAAUCUAUCAACCUCUGCCUUAAAUAUUCAUAGACUUGGCCUCCACAGCUGCCUGUGGCAAAGAAUUCCACAGAUUCACCACUCUCUGGCUAAAGAAUAAAAAUAGGUUUCAAUGAGAUCUUCCCUCUUUUUUCUGAACUCCAGUAAGUACAGGCCCAGAGCCAUGAAGCGCUCCUCAUAUGUUAACCCUUUGAUUCCUGGGAUUAUUCUUGUGAACCUCCUCUGCUCCGUGUCUAAUGGCCAGCAUGUCCUCUCUUAGAUAAAGGCCCAAAGUUGCUCACCAUACUCCAAGUACAGCCGACCAAUGCCUUACAAAGGCUCAGCAUUCCAUCCCCUAACACUGGACCAUAGUGACACUCCUCUGUGUGGAAUCCUGCAACAGGAUGAACUGGGAGUGCGGGAGAGGUCUGAGGAGUAGGUGUAGGUGUAGGUGUAGGUCAACUGGUCUUCCUGAUCCCACCAAGACAGCUUGAGAAUUCCUUAAUUCUGGUCUCAGAACACAGAGGUGGUUGGAUUUAUAUUGAACCCCCCAUUCUGUGGGCUUCAGAGAAAGAAAUCUGUGGAUGUAGACAUCAUCUCUAAUCCACACAUGGUUGAAUCCAAUGGUGACUGCCAACAAGGGAUGAGCAAUAAGAAAAAUGUCUCCUGGAGAGGCAAUGACAUAAGUCCAUGGGUGUUGUCCAUGCCUUUGACCUUCAGCCUGUGGCAUGGUGAACAACAGUGGUGACGGGUGUGUGGUUAUACAUGGUAGAGUGUAAUGGGCUAUAUUACACUGCAUUAAGAAUGCUGAUUGGUGAAGGCACUUAGUGGGGUAGAGGUCACUGGGGUUGGGAGACCAGGUUUGGGCCGUGGUGGGAUGGGGAAGGUGGUGUUGAUCCUGGUGUGCAGAUGUUAGGAGAGGUCACAUCUGGAUUUAGCUGUGGCUAAAUGUCCAAAUGCUCCAGGACAUGAAGAAUGAGCCAGGGAUGGUUACAAGGACAUUGGGUCAGUCUGGUCUCUGGAUUGGUCUGGUCUGGGUGUGAGCUUGGUCAGUCUUGUCUGGGUGUGAGCUCGGUCAGUCUGGUCUCUGGAUUGGUCUGGUCUGGGUGUGAGCUCGGUCAGUCUGGUCUCUGAGUUAGUCUUGUCUGGGUGUGAGCUCAGUCAGUCUGGUCCCUGGAUUGGUCUGGUCUGAAUGUGAGCUCGGUCAGUCUUGUCUGGGUGUGAACUUGGUCAGUCUGGUCUCUGGGUUGGUCUGUUCUGGGUCAGCAUGUCCUGGGUCAGUCUGGUUGGAUCAGUCUGUCCCUGGUCAUGAGAAGAGAAGAUGAGAAUGAAGUGAGCACUAACAGGUGAACUCCCACAGCAAGUCAGCCCACUCUGCUUGAAGCUUUCACAAUGGCACAGUGGUUCAGAAGGAUCCCUUUAUGUGGUGCCCUGUACUGUGGAGCCAUUUCCAUAUGUUAUUUAUUAAAUUUAGUAACUGAUCUGA